AUGAAGGGAAUCAUACGAUUCGAAAAGAACGGGAAGCUCAGUCCUAGGUACGUUGGAUCGUAUAAGAUUAUUUGGAAGAUUGGUACGGUGGCAUACGAGCUUGAUUUGCCUUUAGAAUUGGAAGCCGUUCAUCCUGUAUUUCAUGUUUCUAUGUUGCGGAAGUGCAUUAGAGAUCCUUCACGUAUUAUGCCCAUUGAAAAUAUUUGUAUCACUGAGGAUUUAUCUUAUACAGAGGUACCAAUAGUGAUUUUGGAUCGGCAAGUAAGAAAGCUUCGAAAUAACGAUGUAGCUUUUGUGAAAGUGUCAUGGAGAAAUAACGUCGAGGAAAUGACUUGGGAAGUGGAAGAGAAAAUGAGGAAGGAGUACCCCCAACUGUUUACGACUUGA